CUGCUGCUGCCGCUGCUCCUGCUGUCCCUGCAGCUCCUGGCCCUGCUGCCGCUGCUGCCCGCGCAGGCGGCCGGACCCCCCCGCGCCAAGGGCAACCGGACCCAGGGGGCGGCGGCGCCGCGGCGGACCCCCAAGCCGGGCAAGGAGCUCCUGAACCAGACGCUGGCGGGCCCGGGGGCCGCCGCCCCCACGGCGCUGCCCGGGCGCGGCAAGGGCGCGGGGGGCGGCAAGGCACCCUCCGGAGGCGGGGGCGGCGGCGGGGGCUCGGCCCCGGCGCACGAAACGUGCUGGGGCUACUACGACGUGAGCGGCCAGUGGGACAAGGAGUUCGAGUGCAACAACAGCCUCACGGGCUUCCGCUACUGCUGCGGCACCUGCUUCUACCGCUUCUGCUGCAACAAGCGCGCCGAGAAGCUCAACCAGAGCCUGUGCCGCAACUACAAGAGCCCCGAGUGGGCCCACCCCACCACGGCCAGCGGCUCCCUGCCCGCCGACGGCGGCGACGGCGCCGACGGGUACGCCAACAAGUACGACCCGGACAAGGACAGCACCAACGCCACCGUCUACAUCUCGUGCGGGGCCAUCGCCUUCGUGCUCAUCGCCGGCGUCUUUGCCAAGGUGGCCUACGACAAGGCACGGCGCCCGCCCCGGGAGAUGAACAUUCACAGGGCUCUGGCUGACAUCCUAAGGCAGCAGGGACCAAUCCCAAUCGGACACUGUGAAAGAGAGACAAUCUCGGCCAUAGAUACCUCCCCCAAAGAAAACACGCCAGUCAGGACCUCUUCCAAAAACCACUACACGCCGGUGCGCACCUCCAAGAGCAACCCCGGUCACUAUGGAAAGGAUAUUUAUCGCAGCGGAGGGCCGGAUCUCCACAAUUUCAUCUCCUCCGGGUUUGUCACGUUAGGAAGAGGACACUCGAAGGGUACAGUGGAAACCAUUUUUUGCUAAAUGAAAAGCUUGUUUGAAAUGCAAAGCUGUGGCUGGGCUCUGAGCGGCCSGAGCUGGCCGUGCUGGCCUCAGGCUGGGGGGUCAGCCCAGGAAAUGGUCAGUGCUGGGCUGGGCAGCACCKGCGGGGUCCUGGAGGGGAUGGGGCAGGGCAGGGCUGAGCCCAGGCUCCAUUUGGGAUUUGCACUGGGACUGUUCCUCCAGCUUUGUGUUUUCCUGGGUGCAUGGGUGCAACCCCCAGCCUGGGCCGUGCUCCCAAGGGGAAGGGAAGGGAUGUCCAGGGAUAUCCGGCCAUCCCAGGGCAGGCAGUGACCACUCCCAGACUCUGGGUCUGGAGUUCUUUGCGUUCUGAGCUUUUCUCUUUUUUUGUUUGUGUUUUUUUGUUUUUUUUUCUGAUUGGGGGAUGAAGAAUAUUUUAUAAAAUUAUUUCUUUUAAGGUCCUAAAGCCUAUCUUUUCUGUGUUCCUAUAAUCUGUGAUAUAAUGUACAAACAGGAAAACACAAAAAUAUACAUAUGCUGCUCUGUGUACGUUCUGUGUAUAUGUACUGUACAUAAAUAUUUGUGGAGAGACAGCUGUAGCUCUGUGAGACCAGCACCCAAACACCUCGGGGGCUCUGGUGACACCAAAGCUGAGCUCUGGUGACACCAUCCCCCCGAGGGAUGUUCCCUGGUGACGCUGUUGCCUGUUUGGUGAGUUUUUCUGGCGCACAGUGAGAUGUGUUUGGAGUGUCCCUGUGUUCCCCCAGUCCCCCGGCACCCUGGCUGUGACACUGGGGGUGCAUGUGCCAUCUCUGUGUCCCCUGCCCCACUCUGCUGUACUCCCACAGAGCUGAUGUAUGUGCAGACCCCUCUGUAGAGCAAUGUACUGUACGUGCAGCUGUGUCCUUGUGCUCGCCUGGUUGAACGCUCCUCUGUUGUUUCUGUGGAUGACCAUGACUCACAAAUGAUUAAAAGACCUGGAUUUUUAAUUUUUUUUUUUUUUAUUUUCCUUACAUUUCUUGCACUUUUUCCAGUUCUCCCUGAGUGUCAUCCAAAGCAGUGUUGGUCCUGUAGAAUUGUCAGAGAAGAAACAAAUAUAUGUAUAUUG